CAAAACGGCACACUACAUGAUACCGUAUGUAAUAUCAAUAGAUUAAUACUUACAAUACAUCGUUGUACGUUCCUAUACAUAAGACUUUUUUUGCCAACAACACCACAAUUCUUUUCAGACAUAAUGUCCUCUUGGGGAGAUGCAGUGGACGACGACGAGAAGUUCGAUCCUUCAAUUACACCAGACUUUGGCAAAGACACGCCUGAAUCUUCCAAACCGACCACCCCAGUCACUGCCACUAAAUUUGACUUCAGCAACAGUGACGAUGACUUCAGCAACAGUGACGAGAAAAGCAAGGAUGGUGGGGAAAUAAGGGAUAAUAAGGAAGAACACGCGCAUGCGAAUGUCAAGGAGAUUGGAGAGGGAUUGGAGAAGAGCCGUAUCCAUGACGAAGAAAGACGAGCCAGUGGUGAAGGCCACCAUAUCAGUCUGCGAGACAAGAAUCUG